UUCUAAGCCCUACGAAAAAAGAAGAUGGAUUAGUUCAGCUCCAACUUUCCAACUUUUCCAAUUCUCUCCAGCUUCGACUUAUUCGAAUCUGCACCGCACUGCAAUGCGCUGGGCGUCACAACUCGCCGCCUCAUGCUCCUACGACAGCUCCACCGGCCAUCUUCACGACCGGUAGCCCUAGCAGCAUGGCGAUUAUCUCAUACGGCGUUGCUGCACGGUAGCACCACCACCAGUCGACCAUAUCCCCCCCCCUCCUCCUCCUCCUCCUCAACAUCCUCCCAGACCAACAGCGACAACAACAGCAACAGCCAAGAUGACGCACCAAAACCCAGACGCCCCUCCCUCUUCGAGCAGCUCUUCCCCGACGAAGCCAAAGCCCUCGGCAAAAACACCACUCCUAAACCCUCCUGGGCCUCGCAUCUACUAGACGACCCCCCGCAGCCCUCCCUCGACACCGACACCGAUACCGACAACGACGGCGACAGGAAAUCCAGCGACGUGCCCCUGCGCGCGAAGAGCAUGCUCAUCCUCUCCGCGGCUAGCAAGCACCUCGCCGAGAGCGACUUCCUACGCCUCGGGCCCCAGGGCGCCCACAUCGAGGACUGGGUCGGCGGCAUCUCGCGCGUCAUCCAGGCCCGGGACCCGGACACCCUGCAGCCGCUCGGCCAUUACUUCGUGCUGUUCGACCGAGAGGCGGCUGCGGCCGCGUACUGCGACGAGGUAGAGCGGUUGUGGCAGUUAGGCAAGGCGCACGUGCCGGGUGCGCAUCACAAGAAGAAGGGGUCUACCCCCUCGGUACCUCCGCCCCCGGGCUUGCCGUCCGCAGAUGGCAGUGGCCGCGACGUAGCGGCCGAUCUGAGAGCGUUUACCCUGGUGCCGCCGAGCCAGCGGUACUACCUCGAUGUGUCGAGCGGGUUCAGCCGCGUGCGGAUCGAGGAGUUGGAUAUAGGCGGGGUCGCGUUCGUCGACCGGCUGGCCGACCGCGCCGGGUCCAAGCACAUGGUUCUUGUUUCCGUGGACGGGGGACGCAUAUCGCUUGAUUGGCUGCGGCAGGCGAUCGAGGAGGAUGGCAAGGAUCGGAACCUACCGUGGCGAGUGACGGAUCUCGAGAACGGUAUCCUGCCCUUUGGGAAAAGCAUCAUCAAACAGCAGGAUAAGGACGCUAAUGACUUCGAACAGGUCCUUCGGGACCAGGCUGCACGAGUAACAGGGAGUGACGACGGGGUUGAAGGUGAAGGAAAUGUGGAAGGGGAAGAGGAAGUGAUUAAGUCUAAGCAGUCGAGCAUAGUAAACGAUGGGGGGUAUCGCCGGUAUCCUCGCUUCAUCAUUCCGUUCACGGAUAACGCCGAAGCGCACCGCUUCGUGAGGUAUUGGCACCGGCGGCAAUUCAAGAUACGUAUGGACCUCGGGGGGGAUAAACCGGCAAUAUGGGAUGAGACUAGGAUACUCAAUACAUCAGUACUAUGGUGAUUAUAUAUAUAUAUAUAUAUGUCCCACUUAAGCCGGCCGACAAAUCCUGUUUCACGCCCCUAUUUUACGUACUUGAAAGUUGCUUCAGCCUUUAUUAUUAGUGACAUGGCAUUCUACGCGAUUAGUACUGAAAGAAGAGCAAAUAACCUAAUACAGGCAUCAAGGCUCUCCGUAGCAUAUAUACUAGAUCAAAGAGAAGAACCGACGAUGACUGGAAAAUGUAUUAGACCCAUAUCAACCAAACUCCGCCAAUAUAGUAUCGCCCUCACUUAAGCCCCCCAGGCCUCAUUCUUCCUAUGUAGUUGUGUGUUGUGUGUUGUGUCAUGUGUGGCUCUGAACGUCUAUCGUGAAGCAAGCUAGCCUUUGCCCUUGCCCUCUUCUUUCUUUCUGGCU